AUGGUCCCCAGGGCGUUAGGUCCUCGCCAUGGUCCCCAGGGCGUCAGGUCCUCGCUAGGGGGCCCAGGGCGUCAGGUCCUCGCCAGGGUCCCAGGGCGUCAGGUCCUCGCCAGGGGUCCCAGGGCGUCAGGUCCUCGCCAGGGGGCCCAGGGCGUCAGGUCCUCGCCAUGGGCCCAGGGCGUCAGGUCCUCGCCAUGGGCCCAGGGCGUCAGGUCCUCGCCAUGGGCCCAGGGCGUCAGAUCCUCGCCAUGGGCCCAGGGCGUCAGGUCCUCGUCAGGGGGCCCAGGGCGUCAGGUCCUCGCUAGGGGGCCCAGGGCGUCAGGUCCUCGCCAUGGGCCCAGGGCGUCAGGUCCUCACCAUGGGCCCAGGGCGUCAGGUCCUCGCAUGGGGGCCCAGGGCGUCAGGUCCUCGCCAUGGGCCCAGGGCGUCAGGUCCUCGCCAUGGGCCCAGGGCGUCAGGUCCUCGCCAGGGGGCCCAGGGCGUCAGGUCCUCGCCAGGGGGCCCAGGGCGUCAGGUCCUCGCCAGGGGGCCCAGGGCGUCAGGUCCUCGCCAGGGGGCCCAGGGCGUCAGGUCCUCGCCAUGGGCCCAGGACGUCAGGUCAUCGCCAUGGGCCCAGGGCGUCAGUCCUCGCCAUGGGCCCAGGGCGUCAGGUCCUCGCCAUGGGCCCAGGGCGUCAGGUCCUCGCCAGGGGUCCCAGGGCGUCAGGUCCUCGCCAGGGGGCCCAGGGCGUCAGGUCCUCGCCAGGGGUCCCAGGGCGUCAGGUCCUCGCCAGGGGGCCCAGGGCGUCAGGUCCUCGCCAGGGGGCCCAGGGCGUCAGGUCCUCGCCAUGGGCCCAGGGCGUCAGUUCCUCGCCAUGGGCCCAGGGCGUCAGGUCCUCGCCAUGGGCCCAGGGCGUCAGGUCCUCGCCAGGGGGCCCAGGGCGUCAGGUCCUCGCCAUGGGCCCAGGGCGUCAGGUCCUCGCCAUGGGCCCAGGGCGUCAGGUCCUCGCCAUGGGCCCAGGGCGUCAGGUCCUCGCCAUGGGCCCAGGGCGUCAGGUCCUCGCCAUGGGCCCAGGGCGUCAGGUCCUCGCUAGGGGGCCCAGGGCGUCAGGUCCUCGCCAUGGGCCCAGGGCGUCAGGUCCUCGCCAUGGGCCCGGGGCGCCAGGUCCUCGCCAUGGGCCCAGGGCGUCAGGUCCUCGCCAGGGGGCCCAGGGCGUCAGAUCGUGAUCCUCCCAAGAGAAAGGAUUGCAUUGUAAAGUAA